ACUGCUGCUUUUCGUGGCAGGUAGCCGUAGCAGCAGGACGUAAAAAAAAAAAGCAACAACAAAGUGAACCACUGACAAAAUGGCGUCCUCGCAGGUGCGCUUGAAGAUUUUCCCCAGUGUUCGUUCCCUGUUUGAUAAAACCAUGCAGAUAAAAGUCGAAGGCCUCGCUCCCAACAAAACCGUGCAGCUGAGAUCCAAACUGGUGGAUGACAGAGGGGUCACUUUCAAAGCGUCUGCCCUGUACAAAGCAGAUAAAACGGGACAGGUGGAAGUCAGCAGUUUGGCCUCACUGGGAGGAAGUUACACUGGCGUGGAGCCCAUGGGUUUGUUCUGGUCCAUGGCGCCUGACACUCCACACAGUAAGCUACUGAAGAAGAACGUACUCAGCCCUACACUGGUUGAGUUAGAGGCUGUCAGUGAGGAGACCGGUGAGCUCUUAGCAGCCGAAACGAGCGAGAGAGGAUACCUGACUGAGGGAAUGAAGAGAAUACCUGUGGAGGAGGGCAAAAUAAGAGGAGUCCUCUUCACACCACCAGGAGAAGGCCAGUUUCCAGGAAUCAUUGAUUUGUACACUUUAGGGGGAGGCCUUACUGAACCCAGAGCCAGCCUGCUGGCGAGUAAAGGUUAUGUGGUUCUGGCACUGGCUUAUUAUGGUUACAAGGGUUUACCUAAAACCCCUCAAAACUUGGAUCUGGAGUACUUUGAAGAAGCUGUGACGUAUCUGAAAAAACGGCCAGAGGUGAAGGAUUCUGGGAUUGGCAUCAUAUCCAUCUCGCACAGUGGCGCUCUGGCUCUGUCCAUGGCCUCUUAUUUUUCUGGGAUCGCAGCAACCGUCUGCAUCAACGCCUGCAACGCAAACACUGUGAUCCCUCUACACUACAGGGACCGCAUAUUUCCUCCGCUUUCACCUGCCUUAAAGAAUUUUAAAUUCACAGAGACCGGGCUUGUGGAUAUUCGCGACGUCUUACCAGACCCCACGUUGGAAAGGAACAAGGCGUCACUGAUCCCUGUCGAACGUGCCAGCUGCCAGUUCCUGUUUGCCGCUUCCGAAGAUGACCGCAACUGGAACAGCGUCUUUUUCGCCAAACAGGCUGCUGAAAUCCUCCGAAGUCAUGGCAAAGAAUCGUUUCAGCUGAUCACUUAUCCAAAGGCCGGACACUUCCUGGAGGUCCCCUACAUGCCUUAUUGUCCGUCUGGGUUUCAUGCGGCGGUGGGAAGGGAUGUGGUGUUUGGUGGGGAGCCAAAAGCCCACUCUGAGGCUCAGCUGGAUCUGUGGGAAAGAGUCCAGCGGUUCUUCAAGAGUCACUUGGUCAAUAAGGAUGCCACUUAAAGUCUAUCAAAAAGUCCCUGAGUGCUCAUUCCUGCCUGUGCUUAUUAUGUUCUUUAGAUUUUUAUAAGUAGAA